AUGGCAGACGCUCGCAGAUCCUGGGCCACCGGCUCAUUUCUGCAGGAUGCCACGCAUGUUGCGAUCGAAACAUGGCACGCUUACAGAACGCCCAUCAUCCUCACGACCUUCUUCGUCCUGUUCGGGUUGCUCAUAUACCUACACCUCACCGAGGAGAGAGGCCAACUCCUUGUGCUGCCGAAGAUCUACGAGCAGGACACAAAGCCCCAGCCAGAACAACAGCUGGACGAGAAGGUAGUUGAGUUGCCCAAAGCUACGGCGGCGAGCAAAACCAAUGGACCGCGGAGGAUCAAGGGCGAAUUGAACAAGCCGAACAAAACUAUUCAAAUUCAGGAGGUCUCAAGGAGCGAGGAGAUCCAAGUACUGGUAUUCUUCUCGUCCAUCACAGCCACCACUCAGAAAGUCGCAUCCGAGUAUGCGCAGACUCUCGACAAGGCUCUGAGCGGCAUCGACACGACCUCCGGCGCAAGCUUCCUUCCGAUACAGGUUUUGGAUCUUGCAGAAGUAGAUCUUGACGAAUACUUCAUCACCCCACCCAAGAUCAAAGGACGCAAUGGCAGCUUCGUCGACACUUUCUACCUUUUCCUCAUCCCGAGUUACAACAUCGACACUAUCAACGACACCUUCCUUGAGCACAUGAAUGAGACGCAUCAUGAUUUCAGGAUAGACACGGCAGCACUCGCCCCGAUACUCGGGUAUUCAGUGUUCGGACUAGGUGACAAGGAGGGCUGGCCUACAGAGGACGAGGGCUUCUGCUUUCAGGCAAAGGAGAUUGACAAGUGGAUGGCCAAGUUGACCGGCCGAAAGAGAGCAUAUCCACUAGGCGUGGGCGACUCCAAGGGCGACUUUAAAGAAAGACUUGCCGAGUGGUCAUCUGGUGUUGUCGAUGUGCUGAGUCUCGUAUCUCAAACUGGGUCGCUCGGCGAAGGUGUAGUCGGAUCCGGGGAUCCCAUUGAGAGCGACGAUGAAGAGGAAGCAGAAGAUGACGACGGAGAGGUCCUGUUCGACGAAGGUUCUGUGCCAAAUAUGAGCAAGCUGAAGCAGCAAGGUCGCAUUGAUGACCUGGAAGAUCUGGGGAGGAUGAUCAAGAAGGAGUCAGGUCCGGCCCCCGUCGCGGUCGACUUCACCUCCUAUGGCAAGCGAACGGCCAAGAAGGCACCGACCCAAGCGCCAAAGGAGAUGGUUCCGAAAGAAUCACCAACAUACAAGUCUUUGACCAAGCAGGGCUACGCCAUUGUCGGCUCACACUCCGGCGUCAAGAUAUGCCGCUGGACAAAGUCUGCCCUGCGCGGUCGCGGGUCGUGCUACAAGUUCUCCUUUUACGGCAUCAACUCGCACCAGUGCAUGGAGACGACGCCGUCCCUCUCGUGCUCCAACAAGUGCGUCUUCUGCUGGCGCCACGGGACCAACCCCGUGGGCACCAACUGGCGUUGGGUCGUCGACCCGCCCGAGCUCAUCUUCGCGGGCGUCAAGGAGAACCACUACAAGAAGAUCAAGGUGAUGCGCGGCGUCCCCGGGGUGCGGGCCGAGCGCUUCGCCGAGGCCAUGCGCAUCCGGCACUGCGCGCUGUCGCUCGUCGGCGAGCCCAUCUUCUACCCGCACAUCAACGAGUUCCUCGCCAUGCUGCACGCCGAGCGCAUCUCGUCCUUCCUCGUCUGCAACGCGCAGCACCCGGACCAGCUCGCGGCGCUGCGGCACGUCACGCAGCUCUACGUCUCCAUCGACGCCUCGAACCGCGAGUCCCUGCGCCGCAUCGACCGGCCCCUGCACCGCGACUUCUGGGAGCGCUUCCAGCGCUGCCUCGAGGUCCUGCGCGCCCGCCGCUUCCGCCAGCGCACCGUCUUCCGCCUCACCCUCGUCAAGGGCUUCAACGUCGAGGACGAGGUCGCCGGCUACGCCGACCUCGUCGAGAAGGCCCUCCCCUGCUUCGUCGAGAUCAAGGGCGUCACCUACUGCGGCACCUCGACGUCGGCCGGCGCCGGCCUGACCAUGGGCAACGUGCCCUUCUACCACGAGGUGCAGGAGUUCGUCACGGCGCUCGAGGCCGAGCUGCAGCGCCGCGGGCUCGGGUACGGCCUCGCGGCCGAGCACGCGCACAGCUGCUGCGUGCUCAUCGCCAGCGAGCGCUUCCGCGUCGACGGCAGGUGGCACACCGUCAUCGACUACGACAAGUUCUUCGCCCUGCUCGAGGAGAGGGGGCCCGACGGCGAGUUCACGCCCGAGGAGUACAUGGGGCCCGCGACGCCCGAGUGGGCGACCUGGGGCAACGGCGGCUUCGACCCGCGCGACACGCGCGUCGACAGGAAGGGCAGGGCCAUCGAGGGUUAA